AUGACUUAUUUGACUUUACACAGACCGGCAAGAAACCCAUUCAAAUUUUACAGCCCGUUCUUUGCACCACUGCGCGCAGGAACCGACGCAGGCACAUAUAACUGGGCACCCUCAGUUGAUAUUUCGGAAACAGACGACAAAUUUGAAGUCCGCGCCGAAUUGCCGGGUGUCGCAAAAGACGAUCUCCAUGUCUCUGUCAAAGAUAACCUCUUGACGCUCAGCGGCGAAAAACGGCAGGGAGACGUUGACGAUACCCAAAAUUACCGCCGAGUUGAACGCCGGUACGGCAGCUUCCAACGCAGAUUCACGCUCCCAUCGGAAGUAGCGACAGACGAUAUCAAAGCCGAAUACAGUGACGGUGUGUUGACGCUCUCCAUUCCGAAACCGGAAGUAGCGAAACCGACCGAAGUUCCGAUUACAAUGGCAUCUUAA